AUGCCCCCGCGCGUGGAGCUACAAUGGAGGAGAGUGCGGCCCCUCUUUCCGGGCGCUGCAGCAGCGCUCAGCGGCAGCCGAGGAGCGAUGGCGACAUGUCACAGAAGAAGGGGGACAAGCCGGUGGUAUAGCAGCGGUGGUGGCGUGGGGAUGGUGGGAAGUGGCGACCACAGCGUCCUGGCAGCGACGACGACGACGGCCAGCGAAGAAGACGGCCAGUCGGUGGUGUCGUGGCCGACGCUGGCACGCGAGGCCGAGGAUCGACGGUGCCGGCAGCUGGCGGCGGAAGCGGCCAGCCAGGAGGGCAAGUGGGCCAAGAGAGCGGGAGAGACGGACAGCACAGGAUCUGGUCGAUCGGCUGGCGCAGUGCUGAUGGACCGUCUUGCACGUGACCAGCUGCAGCCACCAGGUGUUGAAGGGUCAGCGUCCUCGCUCUCGGCGCUGGUCGAGCCGUGUCGCCGGUACGGCCAUCCAGGCGAGACGCGUCGGAGCCAGCUGCGGCACCAGCGCUCGCUGAUCCGACAGGCCCGUCUCGAGGCCAUCCGGCAGGCCCAGCUGCGGCCGCUGCCCGACUGGCGGGCCAUUCUGCGUCGGCUGGCCGAGGGCACGGCGGCCGGCCAGACAGACAAUACCAGCCAGGCGCUGCUGCAGCUGGCCCUGCCGCGAUGGACAGCGACCGCCACGUCGUCCUCGUCUGGCUGGCAUCGCGAGGCCGUCGCGCUCGUGCUCGGCCGCGACAGCUUGGCUGCUGGUGAGCUCUUGCGCGGAACCGACGGCAGCCUCGGGGCCAUUCGCGACCGCACCGACUGCGUCCUGCGCAUGUACGAGCAGCAGACCGAAACGCCCGACAGCAGCACAGCCGCCAAUCAUCACUGGCUGCUCACGCUGUCCGGCACCGCAACGGCCAUCCGACAGGCUGCUGCCGAGGUGCUGCGGCUGGCUAGAGACGCCGUCCCCAUAGAUGUGCCGGCUGGCUUGCCGUCCGACAUCAUGGCUGACAGCGCGUCUGCCUGGCGUCUCGUGUCCACGUCCCUCCGCCGCGACGACGCCCAACAACGAAACGACCCCGUCUUCCGGCCCUACGUCCUGCGUCACGGCGUCCACGAUAUUCCUCGACCACUCACCUGGACACGUGACUCGCUCGAACACUAUGUGGCCGCGCUGACAAAUGGCCGUCCCGCCCGACAGAUGGCCGACGACGAUGGGCUCGACCUCCACCAACACGACGACGAAGCGCCACCGCCGCCACGCAACCACUGCCGCGCUGUCAUCGACCUGCUCCAGGCCGUCUUUGCCGACGACGCCGCCCGCCCGGCCCUCUCGACCGCUGCCCUUCGCAUGGCUCUCGGCUACAUGUGCCGCAUCGGCGAGGCCUUCCGGCCCGACGCCCGCGCUCUCUUUGUCCGCGCAGAGGCCCUUGGCCUGCCGCUCGACACCGCCACCUUCAACGCCAUGCUCGCCUCCCAGGUCAAGACCCAGGACUUGCGCAACUUUGGCGCCACCCUGCUGCUGAUGCGCGGUCGCGGUCACGCCCCCGACCUCGACACCUGGCUGCUCUUCCUCCACCUGUUUGCCAGCGAGGAGGUCAAGCGCCACAUCCUUCACGCCAUGCAUGCCCGUGGCCUGCUCGAAAACCCGGCCGCCGUCCGGCGUGUCGCCCCGGAGUUGGUCCACCAUGACGCCGAGCGCGCACUGCGGGAACAUUGGCAUGUUCACUCCGAUCGCUACGGACACCGCUGGCUCGGUCGCGACGCCGCCCAUCGCAUCCUCGAUGUCCUCGCCUCUCACGGCUGCUUCCACGACUGCCAGCGCCUCGUCGCCCUCAUGCGCCCACCGCUUCCCGCCGACCCCGACGAGAUGCAGGAUCGCCACGACGGCAACCAUCAUCGCUACAUCGGUGCCCAGCCGCCCAACACCACCACCUACAACGUCAUCCUCACUCACUGCAAGGUCCAGAACUCUCUGCGCAGCGCCAUCGACGUCAUGGCCUGGCAUCGCCGGCUGCCUCACGUCAUCGGCGUCGUCUGGCACUAUGCCAGCGCUGCACGCCAGACCAGCCACUGGAUGCGCAAGCGUGUCAGCCAGUUGCUCGCUGGCCAGGGCGGCGGCUCCAAUCGUGGAAAACCCGCCGACAAGGAGUUCCUCUCGCCCGAAGACGAACAGCGCCUGUCCUAUGUGCUGCGAGCCGGCAUCGUCGCCGCCUCGACCCCGUCGAACACCCCUGCCUGUCUGGGAAACACCAUCAGCGGCCGUCUCGCCCAUCGCUACCAGGGCUGGGCGCCCAUGAUGCCGCUCGGCGACGCCUUGCACGAGGCCCUCCGGCUCGACAACGAGCUGCUGCGCGAACGCUUCACCGGCGGCAACAACACCAUCCACAACAGCAGCAACAGAGGCAGCCCCAGCGAUGAACUGUCUCUCUUGCGCAUCCAGCUCCGACGGAAACGCUCCAAAGCCACCCCCGAGACCGAGAGCCGAUACCGAAACACAACCCCCCCCAAAACGGCUUACAUGAAUAUAUACGUGCGCAAGUCGCCGCCACGCCAUCCUGCAGCCUGA